CCCUUGAAGGGUAUGUCUCAUACCAGUGAUCACAAUGAUCUUCUCUUCAUAAGCCUUCCCUCUGAUAUUGUUUCUUCCCGUUCAAUUUCUCUUUCCACAAUGGCUGCAGCCCUUAGAACUUCUCAGCCCGUAGAAAUGAACAUUCAAGUGAUUGAUGCUGAGAAAAGCAGACUCGAAGUAGUCAAAGAAGAAGAAUUCGACUAUUCACAAAGGGCACAAUGGCUUCGAGCUGCUGUACUUGGAGCCAAUGAUGGGCUGGUUUCUGUUGCAUCACUAAUGAUGGGUGUUGGAGCUGUAAAGCAAGACGUUAAGGCCAUGCUUCUAGCUGGAUUUGCAGGCUUGGUUGCAGGGGCUUGUAGCAUGGCCAUCGGAGAGUUUGUCUCUGUUUACACUCAAAGAGACAUAGAGACAGCUCAAAUGGAAAGAGAGAAGAGGAUGCCAGGAAGUGGAGAAGAGAAAGAAAAGGAGAGGCUGCCAAACCCAGUACAGGCUGCUGCAGCAUCAGCCUUAGCCUUUGCUAUUGGUGCAGUGGUGCCACUGUUGGCAGCAGCAUUCAUAAGAGAUUAUAAGGUGAGGCUGGCAGUGAUUGUCACUGUGGCUAGCCUAACAUUGGUGGUGUUUGGGGGAGUAGGAGCGGUGCUCGGGAAGACUCCGUUGGUGAGAUCUAGUGUUAGGGUGGUGAUUGGAGGGUGGCUGGCCAUGGCUAUCACGUAUGGACUUACCAAGUUGAUUGGCAGAAGUGGUAUUUGAUGAGAGAACCUUUGCUUCACCCUGGUUUGCAUGUUUAGCUUUGAAUGCCAUGCUCUACCAUAGAGAGUAUGCAGUAAUUGGGCUUGUUUGGGAAGAAAUAAAUAGAUGAUGCUCUGAGCUUCUUCGAAAAUAAAAGAGCAAUUAAUCAAUUAAGCAGGUUCCA